GACUCAAUGGCUCAGAGAAGGCCUCACUGAGAAAUUUACAUUUGAGGACUGACUGGAGGAACUAACAGGAUAAAGCAUAUGGAUAUCUGUGGGAAGAGCAUUCCAGGCAGAGGUAACAUUAAGUCCAAAGGCCUUGAAGAAGGUCCAUGCUUGGUGGUCCAGAUUUUCUAGUAACCACAUUUUAAAAAGUAAGAAGAAUAAAAACUCCUUGCUGUUCAGUCGAUUCUGACUUAUAGUGACCCUAUAGGACAGGGUAGAACUGCCCCCAUAGGCUGGUGGAUUCGAACUACAGGCCUUUCAGUUAGUAGCCGACCUCUUAACCACCAUACCACUUGGGCUCCAGUAAAAAGAAUAGAAUUUUAAUAAUUAUAUUUUGUUUAACUGAAUAUAGCUGAAAUAUCAUCUGAACAUGUAAUCAAUGUAAAAAUCAUUGAGAUAUUUUGCAUUCUUUUUUCCAUACUAAGUCAUUGAAAUUCAGUGCAUGUUUACAUCUAUAGCACAUCUCAAUUCAGACUAAUUAUAUUUCAAUAGCCACAUCUGUCAAGUGGCUAUAGUAUUGGACAACACAGGUCUAUAUCUCCCUAAUUAACCCAGUAAUAUUCUUUAUAAUAUACGCACACACAUGCAUGCACACAUAUGUAUACACAGGAUCCAACCAAGGAUUACAUGUUGAAUUUAGAUGUCAUGUCUCUUCAGGCUCCUUUAACCUAGAACUGUAGCCCUCCCCCCCCCUCUCCGCUUUUUAACUUCCCCGGCAUUAAUAUAUUUGAAGAGUACUGGCAGAUUUUUGUAGAAUGUUUGGAAUUUGGGAUAUAUUUUGGAAGUACAGCCAAUGGGAUUUCCUGAUAGGUGGGAUACGGGAUGUGAGACAAAGACAAAGUCAAGGAUGAACCCUCAAUUUUUAACCUGAGCGACCAGAACGGUGGAGUACCAUCUCACAAGACAGAGAAAACUGAGAGGCAAUAGUUUUAGGAAAAGUCAGUAAUUCUGACUUGUUCUAUUUGAGAAGCCUCUUAGACAUCCGAAUAAAGAUAUCCGCUGGAGACUGACUAUGAAUCCGGAGUUCAGAGUAUUGUGAUCCAUAGGGCUUUACUGUCUAAUUUUCAGAAGUAAAUCUCCAGGCCUUUCUUCCUAGUCCAUCUUAGUCUGGAAGCUCCACUGAAACCUGCUCAGCUUCACAGCAAUACACAAGCCUCCACUGACAGAUGGAUGGUGGCUGUGCACGAGGUGCAUUGACUGGGAAUUGAACUCAGGUCUCCCACAUGGAAGGCAAGAAUCAUACCACUGAGCCACCAGUGACAUUCUACAGCGUUGCUAGGGAUGCACUCCAGAGUUCUUGAUUAUGAACUCAUGUUACUGCCAGUGGUAUAGCAGAAGCACCGUUAGCCUUUUUACACAAUGGCUAAGAGCCACGGCUUUUGUAGGCGAUUUUGGCUUCAGAUUUAUCAGUAUUUUGUGAGGCUAUAUCAGGGCUUCCAGAAAUUCUGGCAAGUCAACAUUAAGGGCUUUUUUGUUACAAAGGAGGAAGAACAUAUCUCUUCAGUGGAGAGUAUUUUUCACAAAGAAAAAAUUUUGGUACUCGGUCAUAUGUUGAGGAAUAAAUCUCUAGCCAUUGAGAAGAGAGCUCAAGCUGCCUAUAGGAUUGGAAUGCUGUCCUUCACAGGGGGACCCAUCGCUGGGCAAUUUGCAGGUGAGUACAUGAAAGAUGUAUAUGACUUGUUGAAAACUCAAGAGAUGGGGCCAAAAGUAAAGAUCUCGCUGCUCCAAAGUGUAGCAUGCUGGUGUUACUUAAACCCUGCCAGCCAGAGAAGAGCCAAGCAUCUGCACUUUAUCCCUCUCCUCAUUAGUUUUAUUGAGGAUAGGUGUGAGUCUACUAUCAAAAGUGAAAUCAACAGCCACCUCCUCGUUAAAUGCUGGACUUGCUACGUUCUCUCUGUCUUGAUGUGCAACAACUCGUCUUGCAUGAAGAUGGUUAGAGAUUACAGCUCCGUCAAAAAUCAGUUGGAAAUACUGGCCUCUGAAGAUUGGUCUGGAUGGCCUGAAAAUUUUGCAGAGGUGCUGUAUUUCCUAGUUGGUUUUCACAAAAAUUAAUUUCCCUAAACCCACUGACAUCAUGCAGCUGUCUGCACCCUUGUUCU